AUGUCGUCGGCGGAGCCGGGGAGGUUUUUCUGCACGGCGGGACGCGGGCUGGAGCCCUUCCUGGCGCGGGAGGUGCGGGCUCGGCUCGGCGCCACCGAGGUGGACUGCGUCUCGGGAAAAGUGUUCUUCAGGGCGGCGGCGGGACCUGGGGAGCUGCGGCAGCUGCGCUCGGGGGAGCGCCUGUUCCUGCUGCUGAAGAAGCACAGUCCGCUGCCGGUGUCCGGGAACAGAGGGAAAAUGCUUCAUGAGAUUAAAAGCCUUGUCAUUGAGGACCCGAAAUACUGGCUGGAUAUUAUCUCUGUUUGGAGAAAGCUUCAUGGACACAAGGGGAAAACACAUUAUGGCUCUGAAGAAAAUGCAUUGUCUCUGAAGAGAAGGACAGAAGAAGAGACAAAUACUGCAAGUAAAAGGCAGAAAACAGAGCACGUGAAGGCAAUUGUGUCUGAGAAGUGUCAGGUGGGAGCUGGGGAGACCUGUGAGGCACCAGACACAAUGAGCAGGCAGGAGUGCUGGACUGAGAGCAGGACUUCCUCAGAAUUGCCUUCCAGAGGCAGUGGAGAGGAUCCUGCUGCCAGUGAGGAGCUUUGCUUCAGCUUCAGGGUGUCAUGUCGCUGCAGUGGAGCGAUUGCCAGAAUACUGACUUCACAGGAGGUCGGAAGAGCCAUUGGCACGGCGCUGGUGAAGCAGUGCAGGUGGCGUACUGAUCUGCGGGACCCUGACCUGGAGAUCUUUGUACAUCUUAAUGACAUUCACUCUGUGGUGGGGAUUCCUCUUUUCAGGCUUCCAUUGGCAAACAGAGAGUAUAUCAGAACAGCAGGACUGCGGUCAACAGUGGCAUGGGCCAUGGCAUCUCUGGCUGAAAUCAGGGCUGGUGCUCUUGUGCUGGAUCCCAUGUGUGGGCUAGGAACCAUCCUGCUGGAGGCUGCCAAGGAGUGGCCUGAAGCUUGUUACUGGGGUGCUGAUAUAAGUGACUCACAGUUAGAGGGUGCAGAUGGCAAUAUCAGAACUGCAGGCUUAGUGGAUAAGAUUGAGCUGCUGAAAGCUUCUGUGAAAGCACUGCCGUUGCCUUCAGAAAGCUUUGAUAGUGUUAUUUCGGAUAUUCCGUUUGGGAAGAAGUUCAAGACCACAAGUGAUUCCCAGCUCCUACCAGAUCUUCUCCAGGAAAUGGAGAGAGUGCUUCGUGUUGGAGGGACCCUGGUGUUGCUGCUGAGCCAGGAGCUCCGCAGACACGUGGAUCGUUUGACCAGGUGUGCUGGAGGGGCCUUUGCUGAUGGUGACAGUGGAGCAGCCCCUGCACAAGCCAUGGAUGGUUUGACCAGGUGUGCUGGAGGUGACCCUGCUGAGGCCUGUGCUGAUGGUGACAGUGGAGCAGCCCCUGCACAAGCCAUGGAUGGUUUGACCAGGUGUGCUGGAGGUGACCCUGCUGAGGCCUGUGCUGAUGGUGACAGUGGAGCAGCCCCAAGUGUGGAUGGGAAUUCCUCCUUCUUGGCCCGGGGGGGUGGAAAACCUGUUCUCAGCAGACAUUUCGGGUCUCUGCUGCCAGAGGGUGUCUAUGCCGUUAGCCUGGGCAAGACUGAUGCUUUCAUACACAAAUACAGGAAGGUGUCUGCUCCUGGGAGCAGCAGAACUGGGACUGAGAGCUGUCCCAGUACUGGUACACUCCCUGGAACUGGGAGCUCUCUGGCCCUGGGCUGAAGAGAACUUGAAUGCUUCGGGAGCAGCAGGACUCGUGGGGCUCUGCUGAUGCAGACACACCCAGUGCCAUCCCUUAGAUUGCCUCAUGUUCUUGGGCAGUCCUAAGGCUCUGUGCUGUUCUGUCUCUGGUUUAAUAGGAGAAGUGGAAGAUGCCAGUUCUACUGUAUUGGAUACAGUGAAAGAGGAUAUAGUGUAUUGUAAUGUGGCAGAGUCCUCAAAUCCUUGUUUAGGCGAAACUGCUCAGUAUUGGGAGGAGUUUCUGUGGGAGAGACUCCUCAUUUGCAGAACUGCAAAGCCAGUUGUGGUAGCCCAUGAUCUUUGGGCUGUGCACUCCAGCUAUUCAUUUUAAAGUAAUAUUUAAGCUGCAGCUUUGUCUAUUCUAAGUAUUCUUAGUGUUCAGGUUGUUCUUAGAUGAAGGAUAGGUGUGCCCCCUGAGAUGCUGAGCAGGAAGGGAGGCCAGAAGGACAAGAAGCAGCAGUGACAGCUGGAGCUGCAGCCAGUCCCAGGCCCUGGGCCCUGACCCUGUUUUGUGUGUCCUGGGUCCUCCCUGCCCUGCCUCUCCCUUUCUCUCCUGCACUUUUGUGACACCUUUUUUUCUUCUCUGUACCUUUUCUCUUGAUUCUUCUGUCUCGUCAAAAUAGGGCUUCUAGAACUGUACCAGCAUGACAGAAAGGGCCCAAGGCAAUACUGAAAUCACUCUCUCCUUUGGGUUUUAGCGUCCUUUGUACAAAGGCUGAGAUAGCAAAAACCAAAAAACAUUGCAUGUUUUCUGUGACAACUAAGCAUAAAGACUUCUCACUACUUUCCUAAGCCAUGUCAAUCUGCAGGAACACUGGAGGACUUUUGGGGAGGAAAAAUUAGGAUAAAAGACUGUGUCAAAAGACUGAAGAUCACCUUAAAGAGCAGGGUUGGGUUUAAUAAUGCUAUUUUGUUGACUUCAACACUGUUUCUCUCCAAUGUUUUUAAUGAGAAAUGUAAAAACUAGGAUUAUAUUUGCAUUUUCAAACACACUUUUCUGUCCUAAAAUAUCUUGUAGUUGUUAAUGUAUAUUUUUACAGCUGUGCAGUCUAUGAUAAAGACUUUCUUUUGAAACUCAGCAGCAUUUUGGACUAAAGCAAACUUUAAGGGUGGGAUUUGCGGGGAGGUUUGUUUUUGUUUGUUGUAGUUUCUGGUUUUGUUUUUGUUUCAUUUGGCUUGCCUUUUUUUCUAACACUGAGCGUAUCAAAGAAAUCAAGGAAUAAUGUGUAAUUGUAGUUUGAAAUUGUUACGUUUUUACAAACAAUUACUUUGAACUCUGGUUAACUGUAUUUAUCUAGUGUGGUUCAGUAUUCUUCAACCAUUGUGCUGCCAAAAACAUUUAGAAAUGCCUUGGUGAGAAUUUUUGCUUUGGUAUUUUAGAAGAAAGCAGCGUAGGCCACGUUGUGCUGCCCACAUGCAGCUGUAAGACAUUUGUUCCUUGUCUGAGACAUGGAAGGAUAGUUUUGUGUUGUCCUGCCAAGUUCUGUUUGUGUAUUGUAGUGCCUUUACCUAUGUCCUAGGGCUGUUUUUGGUCCCUGCUUGUUUUUUUUUUUUUUGUAUGAAAGCUGGUUUUUCUAGUCUUGCAACACCAACAAAAAAAGGAAUGUAAAUGGCAGUUGCAGUGCUAAUGUCACAUCAACCCUCAUUGUUUGUAGGUACUGCAUUUUUGGAGGCAAUUAACUGAUGUCUUCAGUCUGUUGCUUUUUGAAGUUGUUGGAUGUUUUGGGGAUUACAGUGAUGAGACCUGAACAUAAUGGUGUGUGCCCUGUAGUCAUACCAACACUGAAAAUUUUCCAGGUGUUCCCUCUAAGUUUAUAUGAUGCUGAACUACAGACACAUGUAAAAGCAACCAAAAAACCCCUGUUCUGUGGAAAAACACACCCUAAAGAAACAUCUAUGUGUGAAAUUCUGAGACUUGCUGUAAGUAUAGAUGAAUUCUUCUGUAAUGACUUGGAUCAUAUGUUAUCUGUAUAGCAGCCAUACAAAAAUAAUAGAGCUACUCUUCACAAAACUCUUUUCCUGAGUAAUAGCAAGCAAAGUUUUCUGUAUUUUGUCAAAGCAAGUCAACUACAUAUACAAAUAAAUACAUACUUUUACAUCAGUACUUCAAAAUACAAAAAUAUAUGCAGCUCUUUGGAAGAAAUUAGAAGUGAACCCAGACCUUUGCAGGUAUUUUUUCUUGUACAAUAUACAUGCUCUAGGAACUGGAUACAUCAAAAUUAUAUUUUAACAACAGUAGACUUAUGGCAAUUCACUGUAUUCACAGAAUAUAUAGAAGCAGACUGAAUAGAUUCUUAAUACAUUUUGGUAUUGGAUAAAGUUCUGUGUUAGAUAUGCAAGAACAUAAUUUUAAACGUUAAUGCCAUUAUGUUGUCACAAUUAUUUUAGCUUGAGGAGAGUAAUAGAUUAAAACUGAUUUUUCAGGGAUUUUACAGUCAGGAGCUGUAAUUUAACCAGAAGUAAGGUAAUUAGAGAUAGAUCCCGAGCUGCGUCUUAUCAGAUUAUAAUUAGUCUUCUUUGAAUAGCAAAUUGAGACACACUUGGUUUGUUACAUAUUGCCAUUCAAAAUAUCCUAGUAUUAAAUAUAGCUAGUUAUGUUAUUACUGGCACACUGUGCUUGUGUAACUGUGGGCAUCAGCAUAUCUGAAAUAAAUACAGAAUUUCUGUUCAUACUUAUUUAUGUAUUGAAACCUGUAAAGUUUCUCAUUUUUGUAUACAGAAAAAAAAUACUAAUUUGUAUGUAGAUGCAUAUUUUAUUUUAUUUAAAAUAAAAAUAUAGCUAUUCUAUACAAGAUUUUAGAAAAUAAGAAAUUAUAUGGAGGCCCCUUCUGGAGGGGGGCUGUAUGUAAAUGGGAUUAUUAAACCAACACCCUGGUGUCUGGACUAGUUUAAUUCAUUUUGUACCUCCUUUGGGGGCGAGUAAAAAGGAUAGGAGUUGGAGUCUGGGUGGUGAUGAUGUAAUUUGGGGCACCCCAGUGUCACUGCAAGAGUGAAGAUGCAGUGGAGGAGAAGGUGAGUUGGGUGUGAGAGGGGUUAGGUGGGGUCCUCCCAAAAAUGGAGGUUGCAGCCAAAAAAUGCUUAGAAGUUUAGGGGCUGUGCUUGUGCAAAAAAAUAUUAAAAAUUGUAGCCUUACUUAUCUCUAUAUAAAAAGAAUUUUUAAAAAAAUUACUUGCAACUACAGUCCUGUAUCUACUGAAUUGUAUACAAGGAUCUUGGAGUAUAAGAAAUUCUAAAUAUAGAUACAGAGGGUUUAAAAAUGCAAGUACAAUAAUUUAAGGGCUUGAAAAUGGAAGAAAGUAUCUCUGUGAAAGCAGUAGAAAUAGCUGUCAGUGUUCAGAGGGUUUUCUGUCUGACACAGCUGGAGAUCUCAGCCGGGACAAUCACUGCUGCUGCCUGAUGAUGAGCACUGCAUAUUGCAGCUCCCGUGGGAAAUGCCACACUCAAGAUGGCGGCCCAGGCACGUGGGUGACACCGUCCUUCCCAGAUGGCGGCCAGUCACACAUGCGCUUUGAGGAGGACAAAACGGCAUUGCGGCAGGACCUCUCUCCUUUUCCUGCCUGCCUGAGCCUGACGCGAGGCCCAACCACGACUCCACACUUGCAGCUUGAUCUUGUGUGGCGCUUUCCAGCGUGGGGACACGAUGGGGCGAGAGCAGAGUUGGAGUUUGGCUCAGGCAGCAGGACAGGCGCCUUUCUGAGAAGGGGGGCCCUUUUUCCAUGCUGCAGAAACAAUGGGGGCGUAGCCAGAAGUGGCUUCUGCCAGAUCCCAAGAUGGCGAUGACAGCUGGAAGUCACGUGACACCACACCCAAAGGUGGCGGUGAUUAACUGGAAGUGACAUCUGCCAGUAACAACGACGGCAAAUAAGGGCGAAAGUCACGUGAUGCCACACCAAAGAUGGCUGUAUGUGACUCAUCGUGUUCGUCUAAAGAUGGCAUCAUCGUGCACUUGUGCUUUUGGGUAGGGACAAAAAUGACGCCACAGAAGGACCCCGCUUGUCAGAAAGGUGUCCAUUUGCCUGCCUGAACCUGAGCCAGCUCUGACACUGCCACCGUGCUUCUAGUGUAAUUUUCUGUCCCCGUCCCUGGUGUGGGGACACGGGUGGCAGAUUCAGUGGAGCUGGAGACAGGCAGGAGACGCGCUGGCAGUGGCAGGUAGCGGUGGGGUCAGAUCUGAUUCUUUCAAUGAAGUUGAGUCAACCCUAAAGCAACCCCCCCACCCUUUGGCUCCUGUCUUUCUUUGGUGUGGUUCAGUCAUUUUUUCCACUGUAUUUCUUGCUUUGCUUCUCACCUUACUUUUCAGUCUAUUCCUCACUUCACUUUUCUGUUUCGGACUUUAUUUCUGUCUGUCUCUAACUGCAUCUCUCUGCUUCAUCAGCUCUGUUUCUGUUUCUCAAUCUUUCUAACUCUAUCUCUCUGCUUCUCUAUGACUA